AUGUUUGACAAGCUUGGCCAUGGCCGCAUUUCACGGCUGUUCAAGGAGAACUUACGCAAGACUAUCCCGUAUCAACACCGCGUGAACGACUACUUCUGGGGCACUCGUGGCGCGUUGCGCCAGCAUUUCGGCCCAAAAGCACGUAUACCUGAAUUAUUUGAAAGAAGAGACCGAGUCUACUUUACGCUCGAGAAUCAGAAGUUGAAAUGGUAUGCACCUGCACCAUUCCCUCAUCAUGAACUGUUGGAUGCAGCGGCAAGAGUGGGACGCGUAGAAGAAAGUAUCGGGUACACCUUCAAAUACAAGUUGUACUGCAUAGAGGCACUCAAGCAAACAAAUAGCACCACGCCACUCUACUUCCAAGGCGUUGUCAUCAAUACCGAUUGCAACAGACGUUUGGCUUUGUUGGGCGAUCGGGCACUCGACUUAGCUUUGAGUGAAAUUUGGUUCUAUACGGGAAACACAUUAGCGAACUAUACAGCUAUGAGUCUGAAAACCGUGACCAGAGCUGCCCUCAAUACCCAGGGUCUGCAAAUCAACCUUCACAAAAAUCUUAUACUCGCAACGGGAGCUACUAGCGCCACACCCAACCAGGUAGCAGAGACGUUUGAAGCUCUUCUUGGUGCUGUUUACAUAGAUUCAGGACAUGACGUUGAAGCAGUCAAACGUGUUAUCAAUACGCUUAAACUGGACCAGAACAGGUAUCUGAGGAGGGACGACGAUAGCAUAGCUGAGAGAGAGCGAAAAGAAAACGCAGCACAGCGGUUGGUCGAAAGCAUAGAGCGAGAACAAGACCAGAAAAGUAUGGCCGCGUCUCGCAAAAAGGCAGAGUUACGAAGAAAAGAGAAGGCUUCUCAGGCGGAGGCUAUGAAAGAGAAUGCGAUCGACCAGUCAAAAACAACGUGGACCAGUCUUUUCUCCCAAUUUCUCUAUGGUGUGCAACCACAAGCACAGCUAGACAAGGACAUGGUCAAUAUGACCAAGCAGAAGGCCCUAAAUACGUCUCCAGAAACUGAGAAAUCGAACUCGGCAGAUUUCGCGGACAGAGCUACUACAGAAGUGGAGUCGACCACUAUCGGGGACUACUUGAGACAAUAUACGCAGAAGCUGCUGGGACAAGAACCCUUUUCAAUGAAGCAGAGACGAAAAGAGGCACGAAAAGAGAGAGAGAAGAUGAAGCUAUUACAGGAGCAAGAGAAGAAAGAACGACAGAAGGUAAGGGAGAAGGAGAUAGCCUUGCAGAGUAUGAAGAAGCAGGAAAUACAGAAAGAGAAACAGAAGCAAAAGGAGCAAGAGGCCAAGAAAAAGGAGUUAGAGGCUCAGGAGAAGAAGAGACUAGAAGACCAAAGAAACAAGGAGCUAAAGGCUCAGAAGAAAAGGGAACUAGAAGCUCAGAAAAACCAGGAACUAGAAGCUCAGAAACAACAGAAACUAGAAGCUCAGAAGAAAAAGGAACUAGAGGCUCAGAAACAACAGAAACUAGAAGCUCAGAAGAAAAAGGAACUAGAGGCUCAGAAACAACAGAAACUAGAAGCUCAGAGGAAAAAAGAACUCGAGGCUCAGAGACAGCAGGAAAUAGAGGCCCAGAAACAACAGAAGCUAGGGACUCAGAAACAACAGGAGGUAGAACUUCAGAAACAGCAGAAGCUAGAGGCCCAGACACAGCAUGAACCCGACACUCAAGGAGAAAAGGAGCUAGUGGUCCAGACACAGAAGGAAUCCAAUGUCCAAGAAGAGAAGGAGGUGGAAGCUCAGGCACAAAAGGGCUCUGCUGUCCAAGAAGAGAAAGAGCUAGAAGCUCAGGCACAAAGGGACUCUGACGGUCAAGAAAAGAACGAGCUAGAAGCUCAGGCACAAAAGGUGCCAGAAGUUCACGAAGAAAAUGAGCUAAAAAAUCAGGCACAAAAUAACUCCGACGUUCAAGAAGAGAAGGUGCUGGAAACUCAGGAUCAAAAUGUGCCAGAAGCUCACGAAGAAAAGGAGUCGGAAGAGCAGAAAUAUACAGAGCUAGAAGCCCGGAAACAGAAUGACGGAGAGCAGCAAAUUCAGAAAGAGGAAGAAGACCACAGAGAGCCAGAUGGAUUGAGUGAAAGAGAAAAGAAGGAAAUAAAGUGGCGGAAGGAGGAAUUAAAGGCAGGGAUGCAGGAAGAUGAGGCACCCCUCCCUGCUGGUCUCCGACAACACGCAUGGAAUAUUGCGAACACAAAAGCAGGAACACUGAAAAGGCGGGGAAAGCCGUGCCAUGUUUAUGCCCUCUUUCAAGAACAGUUAGCAGAAAUAAUUCUUAGACAGAGACAAGGCAGCAAGAGACUUGAACGACGGGCAAAAUUGCGGGAGCAACGCAGAAUAAAGUGGCACGAGGACACUCCAGAAUCCACCCAGGAAGAGACAAUGGCAGCUCCUGUCACAUCUCAUGAAGAGGAACCAGUGUCAGCCCCGGUAUCGAAACAAGAACAGGUGAAGCCUUUGGAAAUACAGAAGCCUGCAAAGAGCGUCUCGCCGGUCCAGAAAAAAGGCAAACCAAAUGUCGAAAGGAGCAUCAGGCAGAUGGAAACCGAGCUUAUCCAAGAGCACCAGCGCGCAUGGCAAAAGGCUGGAACUGAUAUAUCAAAACCUGAGCCACGAGAGGGCGAUGACGCUCCCCUCCGACGUCCACUAAAAAUGACACUGAGACAACGACGUUCGCUCGCUGCGAGUAUCGAACAGUUGAAUGAUAAACGAAGCUCAAUGUCAAGCGAAGAAGGCAACUCCCACCAGGCUGAAGUGCAAGUAUUGCCGACCACAGAUGUCGUAGGGUCCGCCAUGAGGGCGCAUGUGGCGCAUGAGAGAAGAGCAAAUGACAGGUCAUGA